UUGGUGUAUAGCGUACAGCCACUUCACCUCAACCUUGAUCGAGUGACGUAAUUGGCAAUGAUUGAAUUUUCCUCCAGUUGAAAUACCGUCUGCUAUCAGUAGUACGAUUUUGGCCGUCGAACCGUUAGCAAGUAUUAUCGAAAAUGUUGUGGAUUUUGGCUGGCUUUUUUGCCGGUCUGCUAGCUGUUUUAUAUUUGUUCCUCAGUUGGGAUUUUAAUCACUGGAAAAAAGCUGGUAUCGUGGGACCUAAACCGCGAGUGUUGUUUGGAAAUAUACCUAGCUUAUUAACUCAAAAACGACAUUUGUAUUAUGAUAUGGAACGAAUUUAUAAUACCUUUAAGGACGAACCUGCGGUGGGUUUCUUCAGCAUUCGUACACCACAGUUAAUGAUACGGGAUCCAGAGCUUAUCAAGGAAGUGCUUUCAAAAAGCUUUAACCAUUUUCCAGCAAACCAAUUUUCUGAUUUGGUAGAUGAAAAAUCAGAUCCUUUGUUCGCUAGAAAUCCAUUUUCAUUGACGGGAGAAAAAUGGAAAAAUCGUCGAGCGGAAAUUACUCCUGCAUUCACCAAUAAUCGGAUCAAGGCACUCUAUACACUAAUCGAGGAAGUAGGUGUAAGAAUGACGGAAUAUUUGAACCUGAAAGUCAAACAAAACGAAUCACCAUUUGAUAUUAAAGAGAUAAUGGCCAAAUUUACCACUGAUGUCGUAUCCAACUGUAUUUUUGCAAUUGAUGCACAAUCGUUCAAAAAAGAAAAACCAGAAAUCCGGGAAAUGGGCCGUAGAAUCAUGGAAUUUAACCUAACAGCUCAAUUUGCUAUGACUAUGUUGACUUUAAUCCCAUCUAUAAAAAAAUAUUACAAAUUUUCGUUCGUCCCUAAGGAUGUGGAAGCCUUUUUCAUUCGCAUAAUGACUGAUGCUAUACGCCACCGAAAAAAGAAUAACAUUGUACGUAACGAUUACCUGGACCAUCUUCUGACCUUGGAAGAGAAGAAACAAAUUUCCGAAUUAGAUAUUGCUGGGCACGGAGUGUCAUUCUUUGCCGAUGGAUUCGAAACAUCCAGUUUAGUAAUGACAUAUUGUCUAUUCGAAAUAGCAUCUCAUCCGGAAGUACAAAAGAAGUUGAGGGAUGAAAUUCGCGAUUUCCAAAGAAACAAAGGCGGUAUUACUUAUGAAAACCUCGGAGAAAUGACAUACCUCGACCAGGUACUCAAUGAAUCAUUACGUAUUCAUCCGAUUAUUCCCAAUCUUGCGAAAGAAUGUACAAAGGAUAUUGUUUUGACUAGCUUCAAAGACAAGAAAAUUGCCGUAACAGCCGGCACUACCGUAAUUAUCCCCUUCUUUGUUCAUUUAGAUGCUCAAUACUACGAAGAACCCAAUAAAUUCAACCCAGAAAGGUUCUCACCAGAGACUGGAGGUACGAAACCAUACAAAGAAAAGGGAGUAUUUAUCCCAUUUGGGGACGGACCUCGGAUGUGUUUGGGUAUGCGCUUCGCUUCAGUGCAGGUGAAAAGAGGAAUUGUGGAAAUAAUUGAUAAAUUUGAUAUCACUGUAAAUCCAAAAACCAAAGUUCCACUCGUAUAUGAGCCGAAACUGCUCAUGCUAUAUGCAACCGGAGGAAUUUGGUUAGACCUAAAAGUAACAAAGAAUUAAAUACACUAUCCGUUUUUUAACAAUGUUGUUAUAAAUAAAAUCAAACAAAUGCAA